AUGACUUGGCCCGAUAUCCACGUGAAGCCCGCCGAGGGCAUCUCCUACUUCACCCCGGCCCAGGAGCCCGCAGCUGGCACUGCUCGCAACCCUCAGACAGAUGGCAAGGCCAUCCCGAAACUGUUCCAGCCCCUGACUAUCCGAGGCAUGACCUUCCAAAACCGUCUGGGUGUUGCCCCAAUGUGCCAAUACAGUGCCGACAACGGCCACAUGACCCCCUGGCACAUGGCCCACUACGGUGGCAUUGCCAUGCGUGGACCCGGAAUGAUCAUUAUCGAAGCCACGGGCGUCGUCCCCGAGGGCCGUAUCACUCCCGGCUGUGUGGGUCUGUGGCAGGAUUCGCAGAUCAAGCCGCUUAAGGAUGUUGUCGAAUUCGCCCACAGCCAGAGCCAGAAGAUUGGUAUCCAGCUCGGUCACGCCGGACGUAAAGCCUCGACCGUUGCCCCCUGGAUGGGUGGUGCCACUGCCACCAAUGCCGUUGGUGGCUGGGUCGACAACGUCAAGGGCCCUAGCGCCAUUCCUUUCACUGAGGGCGAUAUCAUCCCCCAGGCUAUGACUCUGCAGGAUAUCCAGGAGGUCAAGGAUGCGUGGGUUGCCGCUGUGAAGCGUGCUAUUGCCGCCGGUGUCGAUUUCAUUGAGAUCCACGGUGCCCACGGAUACCUGCUUUCUUCCUUCUUGAGCGCCUCUUCCAACAAGCGUACCGAUCAAUACGGUGGCAGCUUCGAGAACCGCAUUCGUCUUCCCCUGGAGAUUGCCCAGCUGACCCGUGAUAACGUCGGCGAUAACGUCCCCGUCUUCCUGCGUGUCUCGGCUACCGACUGGUUGGAGGAGAGCAUGCCCGAGGAGAAGGGCUGGAAACUGGAGGACACUAUUGAGUUCGCCAAGGCCCUCGCUGCACAGGGUGCUAUCGAUCUGAUCGAUAUCAGUACUGGUGGUGUACACUCCUCGCAGAAGAUUAAGAGUGGCGGUCCUUUCCAGGUCCCAUUUGCUGCCGCAGUCAAGAAGGCUGUUGGAGACAAGAUGCUUGUCUCGGCAGUUGGUAGCAUCAACAACGGCAAACUUGCCGAGAAGAUCUUGAACGAGGAGAACAUUGAUUUGAUCCUGGUUGGCCGUGCCUUCCAGCGUGACAGUGGUAUGGCUUGGGCCUUUGCCAAGGAUUUGAAUGUUGAGAUUGCUAUGGCUGGUCAGAUCCGCUGGGGAUUCAACAGCUUCCGCAAUGCCUCCGAGUACAUCCAGCCUAACUCUAUGAAGGCUACUCUCUUUGAUUAG